UUGAUCGAGAUCACGACAGAUUAAGUGAUUAUUCUGGAGGUGUUAACGACCAUUCAGUAGCAGCUGUGAUAGAAACAGACCCAGCUUGGUUGCUUCUGGCUGGAGAACCAGGGCUGUAUCUGAGGAACAUCAGGGGCUUGUCUACAGUGCAAAGGGAGUGGGCAGUAAGGUAGACUGAUCAGCAGUGCUAUUAUGAUGUAUACACUAGUCAAACUUGUUGCAUGUUUUGAGUCUUAAAUUAAGUUCUUGCAGUAGUUUCUUUCAUCAGAGACUUUUUGAGGAGCUCAAGUGAUUUAUGGAGGGACAUUGGAUCAUUGUUCUACUGAAUGCAACCCUGGAGACUAUGAUAGCAGAUAAAGGCUCUUUUUUAUCUAAACUAUAUACCUAAUAUUAAACAUAAUUUGAGAGUGAUUGGUGUGGAGAAGAACUGAAAGAUGAAAUUUCUGAAAUGAAAACUUUGUAUUUCUGCAAUCAAGGAAAUGUAGGAGAUAACAGGAGUUUUCCUUCUGCUCCGUUGCAGACCUCAAAUGAUCCAUCUGUGUUGGAAGUUCUAGGUCAAAUGAUUAGUUCUGUGACAAGACAGCAUGACACUUUGAAGUAUGACAGAAGCCCUGAUGCCGCAACAGAAGCUGGGAAUAUUAAUGGCCAAAUCUAGAGAUCACAUGGUCUUCUAAAGAAGUCAUGGGUAGCUGUUGUAGCUGUCCAGAUAAAGAAACUGUCCCAGAUAACCAUCGAAACAAGUUUAAGGUUAUUAAUGUGGAUGAUGAUGGUAACGAGUUGGGUUCUGGCAUAAUGGAACUCACAGAUACAGAACUAAUUUUGUACACCCGUAAAAGGGACUCUGUAAAAUGGCACUACCUCUGUCUCCGUCGCUAUGGCUACGACUCAAAUCUUUUCUCUUUUGAAAGUGGUAGAAGGUGUCAAACUGGACAAGGAAUCUUUGCCUUUAAAUGUGCCCGUGCAGAAGAGCUAUUUAAUAUGUUGCAAGAGAUAAUGCAGAAUAAUAGUAUAAAUGUGGUAGAAGAACCAGUAGUAGAAAGGAAUAACCAUCAAACUGAGUUGGAAGCUCCAAGAACCCCUCGAACACCUACCACUCCUGGGUUCAAUGCACAGAGUUUACCUAAUGGCUAUCCCAGAUAUCCGUCUUUUGGAGAUGCUUCAUCACAUCCUUCCAGCAGGCACCCUUCUGUUGGAAGUGCACGCCUCCCCUCUGUUGGUGAAGAAUCAACGCAUCCUCUACUUGUAGCAGAGGAGCAAGUGCACACUUAUGUCAACACUACUGGUGUACAAGAGGAAAGAAAAAAUCGAUCGAGUGUGCAUGCGCCACUGGAAUCAAAGCUUUCAAACACUGAAACAACUAAAGUAAAAGAAGAUCAGAUAUGUACUGAUGACAGAGAUGCUCACGUUCUCCUGGAGCCUGAAGGAGUCAAGUUUGUUUUAGGACCAACCCCUGUUCAAAGGCAGUUAAUGGAAAGAGAGAAACUGGAGCAACUUGGGAGAGACCAAGUUAGUGGCAGCAGCACAAACAAUACUGAAUGGGACACUGGGUACGACAGUGAUGAACGUAGAGAAACACCAUCUGGUAAUAAGUUGGUGUAUGAAAAUAUAAAUAGGUUAUCAAUCCCUAGUGCCUCGGGGGUCAGGAGAGGUCGUUUGACAUCCACCAGUACCUCAGAUACCCAGAACAUUAACAACUCUGCUCAGAGGAGAACUGCGCUGUUGAACUAUGAGAACUUGCCAUCCUUGCCUCCAGUUUGGGAAUCCCGCAAGCUGAGUAGAGAUGAAGAUGACAGUUUAGGACCAAAGACCCCAUCUCUGAAUGGCUACCACAAUAACCUAGAUCCAAUGCAUAAUUAUGUCAAUACAGAGAAUGUAACAGUACCAUCAAGUGCUCAUAAAAUAGAAUUUCCACGACGUCGGGACUGUACCCCAACAGUCUUUAACUUUGACAUUAGACGCCCGAGUUUAGAACACAGGCAGCUCAACUACAUACAGGUUGACUUGGAAGGUGGUAGUGACUCCGACAACCCUCAGACUCCCAAAACCCCCACCACUCCACUUCCACAAACUCCAACCAGGCGCACAGAGCUGUAUGCUGUGAUAGACAUUGAAAGAACUGCUGCUAUGUCAAGCCUGCAAAAAGCACUGCCCCGAGAUGAUGGUACUUCUAGGAAAACUAGACAUAACAGUACUGACCUGCCUAUGUGAGCCUGGGAAGCAUUAAAUCAUUUGCACCUUUUGUGAAGUUUAUAAAAUUGAAGAUGCAAGUACUUUGCAUUUCUUAACACUAACGCCUUUUAUAGACUAAUAGAACUUUUUCUGCAUACUUCAUGUACUUGUCUAACUAAAGGGAAUUAAUGUAGAGCAAGUAUUCAUUUAGGUAACACUAUUUCAUUCUAUGGUAGUAAUUACUGCAUAGCAGCAUCGCCACCUUUCACAGUGCCUCUUUAAAUUGAUUAGAGUCUGAGUGACAUGCCAGUUUUGAAUUUAUAAAUAUUCUGGUUUGGUGCCUAUAGUCGUUAAUGGCAUUUAUAACACUUUUUAAAGCCUCUUGAUAUAUGUGUUAUUAGCAGGUAAACCUAAUCUUUCAAGACAGAUAUCUACAUUCGUUUCUCAUUGACGUGGCUCCUUCAGAAUGAAAUGUAUGUAAUUCAUUAACUCACUUUGAUGUACACAAGAUGUAUUGGUUCAUCUCAAGGGAUAUAAAUACCAAACUUUUUUUUUUCUUCUUCAUCAAAGACCAUAUGGGCAAGAAGGCAUUUAAUUCCCUGUAGUUUUCUUAAGUGGUGUGAUAUUUGAGAGGUCACAUCAAAGUCCGUUGAUCAUUGCUAUAAACACAUCUAAACCCAGCCUUAAGCUACUUCAGAUAGAAGAGAAUUCCAAGUGGCAUAUCAUGUUCUCUGUGAAAUCAGAUGGAUUUUAAUGUUAGAGUUUUUUUGUGAAGGAAUUCACAGGUUGGCUAUAUGAAUUAAGGCCCUUUUGUCAUUUCUUAGUUCACUGUGCCUUCCUUUCUUUGCAUUUGUGUUUCUUUUUAUCUGUUGUUUUAAGAGUCAAAAUUUUGUACAUAGCUUUAAUUAUUGUUCAGGGUUGCGUAUGUGUUUGUCUCACUCUCUGCAUUUGACAAAGAAAGACUCUUGAAGGUCAAAUGUUCGUCUUUGUCCAGCGUUGUACUUCUUUAUGCCUGACUGAGAUAUCCCAGCUCUCCAGCAGCAUGCAUUAUUGCACAACUGGAAAGGUUUAUUAUGCAGUCAUUGUCUUCCUCUAAAGAUUCAGACACAGGUUACGUGGGAGUCAGGGUACUGGACUUCGUAGUUCUUUGUAGGAAACUGUACAUUCUAGCAAUGUGCAUCCAUAGUUGAUAGUAUAAUUUAGAAAGAAAUGUAGUAAAUUAUCUGAAGGUAGUAUUAUCUAUGAGUAUACUUCUUUUCCUUUUUGCAGUUGGUGAAUUUGGUUUCAAUAAUAGCUGCACAGUGUUACAGGUACAUCCAAGCAGAAUGUCAUUUGAAUAUGCCAGAUGCACCCUUAGUAGAAAUUGUUUCCUUUUCUCAAUGCUCUGAAUAAUUUUAGAAUUCUGGCAGUAUUGCAGGUGCACCUUGGUACUAGCAGCAGCAGAGGUUACUCUUGAGCCUGUAAAGGAACUGACACUUGUGAACUGGUGUGAUGUAAAAUAACCCUUGAACUUUGUGAGGAAAAACAUGCAAGAAAAGCCAUGUGAAGAUCUGAAAAAUAAAUAAGGGUCUUCAUGCAAUAUUUAAAACUGUGUUAUUUAAAAAUAUAUAUAUUUUUUCAGGUUUUUAAAUUGGAGUGUAUCCCUGUAUCUUUGUUAACUCUUUCUUUGGUCUUCUCUCAGUUUUUAGUGGUAGCAACGGUAGCAUCUGAAAUACAUGUUUCUUGCCACAUCAUUAAGGGAUAUCAGGCAAGCUUUUAACUCUGAAAGACAUUAAUUAUUCUUUAUAGACUGUGUGGUAUCGAAAUACCAGGUUUACAGAGAACACAAUUUGCAGAAGUAAGAGAUGGAUGUGCUGAGACCAUUACGAGGAACUUAAUGAGAUAAUGAUUUCAUUGUCAACCUAUGCAAACUGUUGUGAUAGAUUUUUUUGAUCUGUGGGGAGAACUUGGUAUUCAAGAAGGUGAAGACCACCUAGAACUAGAGAUUUUUACAGGUCUGCAGUGUUAAUGCUCCUUCAUAUCUUUUCCGUUGCUUUACCUUGUGUUAUGGACCAGUCGUACUGAAGAGAAGCUAUGAGGUGUUGCACAAUACUGGGUUAAUGAUACUGGUGUGGUUCUUGUUCUUAAUUUAGGAACGUAUGUUUAAGCACACUUAAAUCUGUGAGCCAGCCUACUGCUUCAGCAUGUGUUUUGAGGCAAAUGUGUGUGAUCUAGAUAGCUGCCUAGAAAUAUUUGGUCCUCAUCUGUAUAGUACAGGUGUCUCAAAUUCUGAUUAACUGAACCCCUGUAACACAGCUGUGAGGCAGAGGAGCAAUAUUCGUAAUUGUCAGAUAGGGAAACAGACCUAGUGCAGGUCCAAAGUAAGCUGCCAAAAUUACAAGAAAGAUCCCUCCUUAGUUCUGGUGCACUGCCCUAUGCAUUUAUCCUAGUCUCAAAAGAAGAGAUGAUCUGAAUAAUAUAUAUAUAUAUAUAUAUUUUUAAUGUAAGUUUCACAGUACUUCAUGUGGGGUAUUUUCUUAGGUCUGGUCCCCAGAAUUGAGAACUCUUUGAGAUUUUGUUCUCUAUGAUUUCUGAAUGCAUAGCCAUGGCAUUAUUUUUCUUCUUGUUUUUAAUGUAUACUAAAUGAAAUACUCACCGAGCAGAGUCAAGUGAAAACUUUGUGUAGCCUUAGCUAUAUUAACAAAUCUGGCACCAUAUUUUCUAGGACUAUAUUUUAUAUCGUCUUCUACAGGUGGAAUAACGCUUUCUUGUUUUGUGUAAGCUGCAAACGUACUGGGUAGUCCUGUUACCUGCACUGCUCAUCUUUAGCCUUCUUUUUAUUUCUCUAUUUUAUGACCCUUGAAGUAGAUGUAGUUGUGAUGCACUUUACCCUUUGAGACUUGGUAAAUGUAUUUUCAGUCUCUUUAAAGGUUGUGUUGUUAGGUUUAGUGUCUGUAAUUUAGGAUUGAGUUUUCAGCUGAAGUCUUACCACAGUAUUUAGCUCGUAUUUAUUUUGGCCCCACAGGUGUAUAGAGUGAGAACCUUCAAGUAGGUAACAAAUUUCUGUAGUAACUAAGACUAAGUUUCUACACAGUAGGUCCUGCAAGAAUGGCAACACCGCUACCAGUUCUGCUGUUCUUCCAUAGCAUGCAAUUGGCUGCUGCCCUUCAAGCGCGUUUAACGAGGGAAAGCCUUUAACUGUAGAUAUUCCUUCAGUGCAAUGACUUGUGAAAGACAUUGGAGUAUCUUUUAAAGAAAGAAAAUGUCAAAGCGGUGACCAAAAGUAUGUAAUAAAAUUGUACUGGAAAUACACUCAGUGAGAAUCUAAUCCAUUGGUUGUAUAACAAAAAUAUUUCUCCUCAAAUUGAUACGAAGAGGGAGUCUAAUUUUAAUUUGGUAGUGUUUCCCUGCAGCUCCAGAAGAAAAUUUAAAAAUGACUUUUAGCCAUUAUUCCUGACUGUUUUUUUUUUUUUUUUUCCCCCAUAAGUACGUUUUGCAUAUGUGUUAAAUUUAAUGGUGUGCAUUGAAACACUAUUCUUACUAAAGUCUACAAACCUUUUGUAGAAAUCUGAAGGGUUUUAAAUAUAUUGCAUAUCAUAAACUGCUUAAUUUCCACCCCCCUCGCUGCCCCAGGUACCUAAACGUUCUUGUGUAUUUAAAGCUCUGAGUAGGGCUUCGGUAUAGAAGUGACCAGGGAAGGGUCUUAGCUGUAUCAGGUUCAAAACAACGUCAGAGAAAGGGCUGCUCUUUUGCUGGAAACUGGCCAGCAGUUGAUUUUGCUGGAUUUUUGACUGUGUGUUUGCUCAGAAUCUGUUUUUUAUGUAACUGUUUCACAUUGAGAUGGAAUCAUGAGAUGGUAAAUUGCCUUCACUGUUGGGGAAGUAAAACUGCAAGUUGUGGUCAGCUUCAUAUACUACUUUGAGCAUAUCAUGCUGUAUUUGAUUUGGACCUCUAUUUCUGAGCAGUAUUCUCUUUGUGUAAUGUGGAUUCAAUGGUGGGUUGUUUUUUUUUUUUGCACUGUACGAACUAACUUAGUGGUUGCAAAUAAGAUAAAACUGAUUUAUUAGGAACUGGUAGUUGACUGGGAUCUGAAGUUUUUCUGUAACCCCAAGAAGCCAAAAGAAAAUUGAACCUUCUUGUUUGAUAGACAGAAUUAAGUGGUUUUGGAAUUUAUUCUUAAGAUCUUUUCCCAUCUUUUCUUUGAUACAACAAAUCAGGCGUUUAUAUUUGACAGUAUUCACUUAAUAUCAACUUAAGUUCAUUUACAUCUUUAUUUUAAAUUCAUAUACACUCCAAAAAAAAAAAAAAAAAAAAAAAAAGAAGAAA